AUGUCCUCACUCCUUAUUCUUGUCACUAAUCCGGUUAGGUCCUUAACCUCCUUACGCGCUUCCUCUCGAAGUAUCAUACCGACAAUUUCUGGGUUGGAAAGAUUAGGUGAACCCCAAUCAGUAGUUAAAAAUGGUGGUUUUAGAGUUUUGUCUUAUAAUUUAUCAGCUGAUAUGUAUGUUAGAAGCGGUAGAAAUAAUUAUGAUUACUGCCCUCCUGAGAAACUCACUUGGGAAUACCGUAGCCAGAAUUUGUUAAAGGAGAUACUUUCUUAUGAAGCUGAUAUUCUGUGUCUUCAAGAAGUUCAGAGUGACCAUUACCAGGCUUUCUUUGAACCUGAACUAGCUAGAUUUGGAUACUUAUCAGUUUACAAGGGAAAGGGAGAAGAAACAUGUAAAGGUAAGGAGUGUAUUGUUGAUGGAUGUGCGACCUUUUUUCGCCGGGACAUGUUCAAAUUGGUUAGAACUUAUGAGGUUGAGUAUAAGAAAAUGGCAGCACCUAUGAUCAGUAGGCUAAAUUCUGAGCAAAGAGACCCAGCCAAAAGUCGUCUGGAGAAGGACAACAUCGCGUCCGUGGUGAUACUUGAAGAAAUCAACAACUGCCAUUCGAGAAUAUGCAUCGCGAAUACUCAUUUGCUCGGUGGGAAGGGCGUGUCUGAUGUUAGGUUGUUUCAAGUGGUUAAUCUCAUCAGGGGACUGGAAAAAAUUGAUUCUUUGGGGAUUCCUGUUUUAGUUUGUGGUGACAUGAAUUCUCCUCGAGGAAGUGAUACCUACAAUUUUCUUGUAAACGGGAAGGUUGAUUAUUUGAAACAUGAAAAGAGAGACGUAUUAGGUAUGUCCAAAUAUCUUAAAUUGAAGCAUCCCAUGAAUCUGGCCAGUGUAUAUUCGGCAGAAUCAAAUGCACAUGACAAUGAGACAUUGGACUACAUUUUGUAUCCUCAAAAUAAGUUGAAAGUAGAUGGAGUGUUUGAAAUUCCUCUCUAUGAAAGGAUAGGUAAGAAAAGGAUUCUUCCCACGUCUCAAUGGUCAUCUGACCAUGUGGCACUGGUAGCUGAUUUGAGAAUUAAGAAAGCUUACAGGGAACAAAACUGCUCUGAACUUCCUGUUGAUCCAUGGAAACAUUUAAAGAAGGAUAAGAAAGUCGAGGUGCAGAAGCAAAAAUUCCAAAAACAAGAGAGGCUUAAGAAUUUCGAGGUUCAGAAGCAAUCAUUCAAGAAACAGAAGGAGCGGGCGAAGAAUUUAAAGGUUCGGAAGCAACCAUUCGAGAAACAGAAGGAGGGGGUGAAGAAUUUAAAGGUUCGGAAGCAACCAUUUAGGAAACAGAAGGAGAGGGUAAAUAAUUUCAAAGUUUGGGAGCAAACAUUCAAGAAACAGAAGGUAGGGCCUGACAUGAACAACAUAAUAAAUUCAGAAAGCACAUUAAAUUUGGAAAUCCCGAUGCCAAAAUGUCUGCUGCUUCCCCCUCGUCAAUUGGCUGGUGUUAACACCAAUGAGCAGCUGGUAGGUUGUCAAUAA